AUGGCUGGCGAACCAUGGCUACCUACUACAAACGAACGUUUUGCUUUGUCUUCUUCAUUCACGGGAGAGUCGAACUGCCCUGUUUCCAAUGCAUCCGAUUCGCGAGUAUCUGUCGCGCCUGUCGCAACCGCAGACGACGCAGAGAAGCUGCCACAGUUUGACCAACUCAACAAGCAGGCUGGGACAUCGUUCUACGUGAAUAACUGGACUCCGAUCAACCAUCCGUCCGCAAGAUGCAACAAACCUCAUCAGCCACCUCCUUUGUCAGAUACAAUAGAGGAGGAGGAUGAUGAGGAUCACGACGACGCUUCUGCUCUUUCCGCUUUCGCAAGUCAUCUUCGAGAGGAAAUUCUCGACUCUGCGAACCGACUGAAUUUCAAACCAAGACGCAAACGCAAGCACUCAGACUCUGACACCGACACCAGUCCACAAAAGAGACGAGCUUCGCCAGAGAAGAAGCGUGGCUCAGCAACAGCUGCAGCACAUAUCCAAGAAACUGUUUCAUCUGCACCGAAGACUCUUCGUGCCAUGAAGCCAGUCGAUAACAAUCGAGGCACGCUCGCAGACCCCAGCAAAGUCAGCACUGGAAAUGCGAAUGCGAGCUUCAACAAUUUGACUUUAGCAGCGUCUGAAAUGAAUCAGCCCAAUAGAGGUUACGUUCAAAACUACGACACAGAUGACAAAGGAAAGGGAAAGGGAAAAGAGAGAGCAAAAGGUGACGACCUCUUGGCUGCGCUGGCUGAAUUGAAGGCUGGCAAGAACGCGACAGCCAAAACGACCAAACCACCCAAGGAAAAGAAGGGACUACCCCCCUUUGAAGAGGAGCUCGUACAGCUUGGUUAUCGAAAGGACCCGAACGUCGCAGCACCGGCAGGAUCAAAGUCGUCUGGCCCAUCUACCGGGGCGAAACGUCCACUGGACUUGAAGCCACCUCCUCGCACCACCGCCGCCGUCACCGCCGGACCGUCAUUGCCGCCACUACCAGCGAGACCAGACAACUUCCGCCCUGACAACCGUGUCUCGACGUUCUUCCGCACCCCGGACGCCCUCGGCCACAUCGCCGCUUUCGCGCGCGACACGAUUUUGUCGAACAUCCCCCGGCAGGCCGAGUACAUGCAAUUCUACGCAACGUUGGACUACCUGCCGAGGAACCGCCAGGCGCCCGUCAGCCCACUCAGCAACUCUUUGGUCUUCAGCGACCUCUUCCAGGGCCAACGCCUCCCGGUGGUCGUUGGCCGCGUGAUGAAAGCCACGACGGCGCACGUUUCCGCGGCCAGCUUCCCUCCGGGGGACGGGUCUGUGCGAGACAAGGCCCCGGUGCAUGUCGUCCUGAAGUUGGCUCGCCUGGCGGAUGUGCCUGCGUCUGCGUUCUGCGCAGACCAAAAGCCUGAGCCCGGCACCAUGCGCGGCAAGAAGGCGAAAGAAGACCCCGUAAGGGCUGCCGUGGGCCACGUCGCCGUCCAGGUAGUCACCGUCACGGAGGUCACCUGGGAAGUAAUCAAGGCCGUCUGCGGCUUCCUCCCGGACUACGCACGAAACCGGGCCUGA